UUGCCUGGCAACGCCUGGCAGCCGGCGCGGCCCGCAAGAUGGCGGCGGGAGGCCCGUCCUCGGCCGCGGUGGGCGAAGCUCGGGGGGCGCGGGCCGGCUGCGGCUCCCCCGCUCGCCUCUCGCCGCAGGCGCCCGACGGGAGCUGCGCCGUCCCCGCCGACCUGCUGGCCAAGGAGCGCGAGUACAAGCGCCUCAACGCUCAGCUGGAGGCCAAGACGGCGGCGCUGGUGCGGCAGGCGGAGGAAGUCCUGCGAGAUCAACAAGAAAUGUUGUCCAGGCCAAUCUCUGCCCAGCUUGAACGGUUUGAGGAAGAGACCAAACAUCAGAGAGAUCUGCAUUCCCCUGAAUUUCCAACUCUUCUGCUAGCCCACAACAAGCAGCCAAGCAAGAAGAAAUCUGGCCCUGUAUCCACAGCUCGGCCCAGGAUUCAGUCUGGCAAGAAGGGAGCUGGAACCCUCUCAAGUGCCAAGUUAAGGCCACCCACUGUCCAGAGUGCAGCUGAUGUUGCUGUGCCAGACUUCUCUCUGGCGAAGACCAUUGAUAAGAUUGAAGGGCAGCUGGAAGAAGGAAACUGGCCAGAUGUGGAAGAGGAUGUCCUACUCAGUGCGGUGGGAGAGGAAAUUGGAGCAGAGGCCCAGACCAGGUUUCUGAAGGCAAAACUGCGUGUUAUGCAAGAGGAGCUGGACAACCUGGGACAGGAGUGCAGUAAAAAGGGCGACCAGGUUCAGGAUUUAAAUCACCGACUUAAGGAGGUUGAGGAGGAGCACAGAAGGCUGCAGCGAACAGCCAGCGCCCGGCAGUCUCAGCUAGAGAAGUACAAACAGCUGGCGGAGGAAGCAAACCGGAAGGAGGAAGGCCUGCAGCAGCAGGUAGCAGGUCUAGAAAAGGAACUGGAGAACCUCAAGCGAGCGCAAAAGCAGGCCUCGGCCAGCCAGAGCACCACGGAAGUGCGCUUGAACAGAGCUCUGGAAGAAGCUGAGAGAGCCAAACUAGAGGUGAAUAAGCUGAAGCAAAACAACAAGGAUCUGGUCAGUCGGGAACACAACAAGCUUGAAGAGCUGCGACUCGCAAACAAGAGGCUGGAGAAACAAAAGGGAGAACUGGUGGCAGCUUUCAAGAAACAGUUGGGAUUGAUUGACGUUUUGCGGAGGCAGAAGAUGCACAUUGAAUCUGCUAAGAUGCUUUCAUUCACUGAAGAGGAGUUCAUGAAAGCCCUUGAAUGGGGAAAUCCCUAACGCCACAGGCAGGGACUGGAAGAUGUGGCUUUGUUAACACCACCAUGGUGGGGGGGGGGAUAUGUGCACGUGUGCAAGAGAUCACCCUCAAGGGUGAAUCAAUUAAAUGUUCAGUUUAU